AUUAUUUCACAUUUGUGUACACAUUUCACCUUUAGAAGAUUUAGAUUUUAGAUCAUCAUCUAGACUAUUCUAGACUAUAGGCCUAUCUAAAUCUAGAGAUUUUAUACAUGCCAUAAAUAAUCAUGAAUUCAGUAAGAAAUGCUAGACAACGUAUGAAGCAAUAUCCUGAAGCUAUCUCUCAGUGUGCACCCCAGGCAGCUGCAUAUGGUAAAUGCGUUGUAGCCAAAGAAAAUAUUCAACAAAACUUUUGUCAAAAGGAAUUCGAAGCUUUAAAAGAUUGCAUCAAGAAUGCUGUCAAAAAAUAAUGUGUACAGAUAGAGAAGUAAUGAUUUAAGACAUCAAAAUUGUGAAAUGCAAAACAAAAUGCAAUUUAUGGAAAGGCUUACAAAAUAUUUCUUUAAAUUGAAAGUAUCUGAAUAUAGAAAGAGGUGUACUGGUAAAAACAUUUGUUUAAUAAGAGUUCACUAUAGUUCAUUAAAUCAACAGUGCAUCCAGCAGUCUAACAGAAAUUACUGUUCACCAGCAUCAGUCCCAUUACCCCACUUCAUCAAAUUGCAGAAAAAGUUUGCCACUUUGCCACUUAGCUUUCAGCAAUGCCAUAACUAUUUGAUUUCUUAUACAUUACACACGUCUUCUACAGAGGUUUCACAAGAAGAGUCAGACGAUGAUAAGGGCAAAGAUAAGGGACUCACUCCUAAGCGUCUCAAACUUUUGUCAACACUGUUUGAUUACCCUGUAGAAGAAGUGCCUGGGGUAAUCGCCAAGUAUAAAUUUUUAAACCACUUAUCUCUAUCACUAAUUACAGACAAGGUGAAAAUAAUGCAAGAUUUCAAUUUGAGUCAGUCUUUCAUGAAGAAUAACAUGCGUAUCAUGUAUCACUCAUCGACCUGGGAGCUGCAGAAACGAUUAGAGCUGUUAAAGACACAUGGUUUCCUAGAAAAGAACCCUGUUUUACAUAUUGACAAAUUAGGGCAUUACUUAGAAUGCCCAAAUGAGAUUUUUCAUCUUGGCUUUCAGAAGCUGAUCAAUGAGUACAAGUCACUGGAAGGUUGUUCUAACCAAGAAGAGUACAUUCAGAAAAGGCUCUGCUGUUCUAAAGAGUCUUCACAUUUGUUGGUAUCUUCUUACCCCUUGAAUAGAGGUGUCAGCAACGCGAAACUGAAAGAAUUCCUUGACUUUGUUUUGAUCGAAGCUAACUUGUCUCCUGAUGUUGUUAUCAACAACAUGCGGUUAUGCUCAUUUUCAGUCACUAGACUGAGAGAUCGCUUCAAAAUUAUGCAGUCUGCCAAUAUUUCAAAAGAAAGAUGGUUUGUAUAUUGGAAUUUAUCAGAAAACAAGUUUAAAGCAAACUUUGUAUAAUUUUUCAGGAUUUAUCUUUAAUAUAACUAGCAAUCUUCUUUUGAAUUAAAAAAAAUCUGAAUAUCAAACAGUUCUUCAUUUAUAAUUACAACUCUCAUGAGCUUUUGUUCAUCAUCACCUUUUUCUGAUGUCCUCUUGUUUUGUUCUACCGCUACCAGUACAAAGAAAAAAAGAUGUCAAUAUUAUGAGAUUCUCUGGCUUAGAUCUUUCAUGCAAGGUUUAUAUAAUGAACACUGUUAGCAGUGAACUAAUUACUUUGUUUAUACAGUUUACAACAGAUUCUUUUGUUGAACUAUUUUGUGUGUGUAAUGAAAUGUGUAAAAUGUGACAACACAUUUUUUCAUCAUAUUUUCCUAUGACUGUAAUUGCAUUUACUACUAUAAGGUCAGUGCUACUUUUACAUUUAACUUUGAUGUUUUAAACAUUGAUGUGGUUUGGGGGGGGGGGGUAGGUAAUGCAGGAUUUUUGUUGGUCAUUUUGAAUACUUCACUAUUGUAAACUAUAUUUGUUUGGUUUUCUUGUAUUAUGUUACAUUUCUUUCUAAAUUUUACUCUAUAAAUAAGCUGAAUUAUAUUUUUUCUCACUCAUUCA